AUGAUAGACUUAUUAGGAGGGCCAGCGGUAAAAGAAAGUGAGGAUGAUAGUGGAGGACCGUGUGGAGUCUGCGGCCUGGAGCCUCAAUGCCUACAAUCCUACCGCAGCCCGCCGUGGGUCCUCUUUUGGCUCUGCUGUGCCUCAUUCCUGCAAGGCGAGUGCAUUAGGUGUUUCAAGGCAGAAGUGCUGAGUCGUGGAAUGGCAGUGAAUGGACUGGUGAAUGUGGUCAUUUCCACCCUGGAGAGACGCUUCCAGCUGAGUUCCAAAGAAAGUGGCCUGAUCGCAUCCUUCUAUGACAUUGGAUAUUUUUUCUGUGCCAUCCCCAUCACUUAUUAUGGAGGAACCAAGUACCAAUAUUAUGCCUGCAAGAAGCUGCAUUGCUAUCAUCAAUUUUUUUUAGGUCGACCAGGAGCCUCAAAGCCAAGAUAUCUGGCCCUAGGAAUUCUUCUGCUUGGGCUGGGAUCGCUGAUCUGGACUUUGCCACACUUCCUCACAGAGCAAUAUACAGGAAAUGGAGAAGAAUCUGAUGUAAGAUUUGGAUGCAUUCCUCUGCAGCCAUCAGUGUGCCUGAGGAAAGAAGACAUAAAUGGGACCAUGGCCUUGACUCACAUGGGACGUGAUGACAGAUUGGCCAAUUUCAGAUUUGUGUUCUUCUUUGCUCAAUUCAUGAUUGGUUGUGGGGCCACUCCUCUCUACACACUAGGAGUCACAUUUCUCGAUGAGAUCACUUCUACUGCAAACUCUGCUGUCUACCUUGGGACUUUUUACUCUAUGGCUGUGGUUGGUCCUGCAGUGGGCUUUUUGCUUGGUGGACAGACCCUCAAGCUUCAUACUGAUAUUUCAAUGUAUGAAGCCGAAAAAUUGGGGCUGACACCAAACAACACCCUUUGGGUGGGUGCCUGGUGGGUGGGGUUCCUUGUGUGUGCUGUACUCUCUGUCAUCAUUGCCAUUCCCAUUAUGGCUUUCCCUGAUGAUUUACCUGGGAAGAAGGCUAUUCAAGUUCACAAGGUGGAUGAAGUACAUCAAGGGUAUGGUGUGGAGGAGGCCAAUACCCUUGACUUCAGUUGGUCCACUGACUUUCCUAGACAUCUUCGGAUUCUACUCACCAACCCAACCUUCAUUUUCAUUAACUUUGCUGCUGCAAGUGAUGGCCUCCUCCUGGCAGGGUUUUCUACAUUCCUUCCCAAGUAUAUUGAGAAUCAGUUCAGACUUUCUGCCUCCUUAGCUGCCUUAUUGAUGGGUUCCAUAACAAUUCCUUCAGGAGGAGGUGGAACAUUUAUUGGUGGAUAUGUGAUAAAGCGAUUUGAUCUUCGAUGUGCAUCCAUCAUAAAGCUAUGUGCAGUGGCCACAUUAUUGACUGGACUUUGUUCCUUCUUAUUUCUUCUUGACUGUCCUAAUGUGGAAUACACUGGCUACAAUGUCGGCUACCUUCAUCCAGUCAACAAAUCCCUCAGGCAGCCAGUUGAUGGCCUCCAAGACCAAUGUAACACACAUUGUGCCAAUUGUCUUGACAGCAAGUUUGAUCCCAUAUGUGGAGCAGAUGAAGUCAUGUAUUAUUCACCCUGCUAUGCUGGGUGCAGGGAAGAAAGACGGGACACAGACAAUCUCAAGGUUUAUGAAUCUUGUGACUGCCUGGGCAUAAAGAACUCAGAGCAGUUCUACCAACGACAGCUGAAGAAUUCUACUGGAGAAACCAGCAUGGAAGCUGUGGGGGAACUUUGUCCCAGUAAAUGUAGCUAUUUGCCCUUCUAUAUGGUUGGGCUCUUCAUGGUCAUUGCUCUCACUUUCUUCGACAGUCAGCCUGGCAUAGCAGCAACUUUGAGUAUCCAGUUGCAUGGAGCACUAAUCAUGGCCCUGCUUUUUAUUAGGUGUGUACCCAGGAAUCAAAGAUCCCUAGCACUUGGGAUACAAUGGGUCAAAAUUCGUCUACUGGGAACUAUCCCAGCCCCUGUGAUAUUUGGGACCAUCAUGGACCUCAGCUGCACACUUUGGCAGAAAUCAAAUGAUGAUGGCAGCUGUCGAGCAUAUGACAAUUUCUGGAUAAGCAGGCAAGACUUUCUCACCUGA